AUUUAAGCUCACAGGAUCUUACAUAAGGUUUUCAGUUCAGUUGAUAAAUAUGUAAUUUUGUGAUUAUAAAUUGCUGCUGUUGUUUUACAGUAUGAAUAUCAACCACUUUUACUUGCUGUGAGUCGAAGAAAAGUGAAAAUGGUGGAGUUUUUAUUAAAGAAAAAUGCAAAUGUAAAUGCAAUUGAUUAUCUUAGCAGAUCAGCCCUUAUACUCGCUGUUACUCUUGGAGAAAAAGAUAUAGUCAUUCUUCUUCUGCAGCACAAUAUUGAUGUGUUUUCUCGAGAUGCGUAUGGAAAGACUGCAGAAGAUUACGCCAUUGAGGCUAGGAAUAGAGUCAUUUUCAGACUAAUUUCUGAAUACAAAAAAAAGAAAUCUGAAGAGCUUUCUAUAAAUAGCAAUCCAGUGUCUGCUCAGAAACAACUGGCCUUGAAGGCUACAAGUGACAAGAAAGAUUCUGUUUUGAAUAUAGCCACAGAAAUAAAGGAUGGAGAAAAAUAUGAGACAGUGUCUUCUCAGAAACAACCAGCCUUGAAGGAUACAAGUGACAAGAAAGAUUCUGUUUCGUACAUAGCCACAGAAAUAAAAGAUGAACAAAAAUCUGGGACAGUGCUUCGUGCUGUUGAACAGUGUUUAAACAGGAGUCUCUACAGACCGGAUACUGUUGCACAGCCUGUGACAGAGGAUGAGUUUGAUUUGGAAUCUGAGAUUAUUUCAAAACUAUACAUCCCGAGGAGAAAGAUUAUUUCUCUACAAUCUAUAGAAGAUGUGCUUCCUCCUGUUGAAGAGUGUUUUGACAGGUGUCUUUACUUACUGGAUAGGGUUGCACAGCCUGUGACAAAGGAUGAGUUUGCUUUGGAAUCUGAGAAUAUUUCAGAACCAUACUUUACAAACAGAAGGACUACUUCUCAACAAUCUGCAGAAAAUUUAGAUGCUGCAUGUGGCAUUGAAAAAACAGAAAAUGGAACCUUGUUUGAAGACCAAAAUGUUGAUAAGGAAGGAAAAGCACUACCAGCAACUGGACAAACAGCAAAUGUGUCUCCUGAGCAACCGCCUUUAUUCACGCAUAGGAUGAACGACAGAGAUGACAUUUCAACUAGAUUCUUAGGAAGUAUGGAUUCACUAACUUCCAGUGAAGAAUCUUCUGAGCGACCUCCUUUAUCCACGCUUACCCUGAAAGAAGCAGAUCCCAGUUCAAAAGUAGCCAUAAGAAGGAAGGAUUCACCACCUCCAGCAAAAGUGUCUUCUCAGAAACAACCAGCUGGAAACGCUACAAGUGAUGAGAAAGAUUCUGUUUCGAAUAUAGCCACAGAAAUAAAGGAGGGACCAAUAUCUGGGACAGUGUCUUCUCAGAAACAGCCAGCUGAGAAGGCUACAAGUGAUGAGAAAGAUUCUGUUUCGAAUAUUGCCACAGAAAUAGAGGAUGGACAACAAUCUGGGACAGUAUCUUCUCAGAAUCAACUGGCCUGGAAGGCUACAAGUGACAAGAAAGAUUCUGUUUCAAAUAUAGCCACAGAAAUAAAGGAUGGACAAAAAUCUGGGACAGAGUCUUCUCAGAAACAACCAGCCUUGAAGACUACAAGUGAUGAGAAAGAUUCUGUUUUGAAUAUAGCCACAGAAAUAAAGGAUGGACAACAAUCUGGGACAGUGUCUCCUCAGAAACAAUCAGCCUGGAAGGUUAUAUUUAAAAAGAAAGUUUCUAUUUUGAAUAUUGCCACAAGAAUAAUGGUUGGUCAGAAAUCUGGAACAGUGUCUUCUCAGAAACAACCAGCCUCAAAGGCUACAAGUGACAAGACAGAUUCUGUUUUGAAUAUAGCUACAGAAAUAAAGGAUGGACAACAAUGUGGGAAAGUGUCUUCUCAGAAACAACCAGCCUUGACGGCUACAAGUGAUGAGAAAGAUUCUGUUUCGAAUAUACCCAGUGAAAUAAAGGAUGGAGAAAAAUCUGGGACAGUGUCUUCUCAGAAUCAACCAGCCUUGAAGGCUACAAGUGACAAGAAAGAUUCUGUUUCAAAUAUAGCCAGAGAAAUAAAGGAUGGAGAAAAAUCUGGGACACGUAAUUUUGCGAAACACACUUAAUGUCAUGUUCAGUCCAGGUAGAAAAGAACUUCUCUUCCCUGAAUAGAUCAGUGGGGGAUGCAUCGAAGCUGCACGUUCUGAUUCAGCAGGCCUGAGAUUCUUCAUUUGUAAUAAGUUCUCGGGUGACACUAAUGCUGCUGGUCUUGGACAUGGUCUUUGCAGUAAGAUUAUAGGCUUCCCCACAUUAAAAUUGAGAAGAAGAAACAUUGGAGAGCAUGUCAAGACAUAAGGGGCUCAGGGGACAGCAUAAUUUUGCAUUAAUUCUACAGCAUGUUUUCACCAACGGUGGAAAGAGAAAGACAUUAAGUAUAGAUUUUUACAGACAUCACAUCGUACUGCUAAAAAUAGUCAGAAAAGUGAUCGUAAUAACUCAUAGACACUGUAGAAUGAGAACUAAGGAGACCACUGAUGUAGCAAUGAUUCUUCCCCAGGAAGAGGGAUUGUGAGGCAGGAGGGAAAAGAAGAAGUUAUUUAUGUAAUUUUGGGCUUUCUGCUGAGGAAACCUGAGUGAACUCACUUCAGAUGCAUUUGGAAUAUUUCCAUAAAGAAGAUUUGAUUUUGGCAGCUCCAGGAACUACAAGAUGCAGGAAAGAAUGCUAGAAUUGUGAUAAAUCACAUUGACUAAUUACUCCUCUUUAUUAAUAUUAGGCAUCAGAGUUACAUGUUUUGUUGAUUUUUGUUUUAAAAAUUAGAUAAACUUGAAUAUGAAUACAUUGGCCUCUUGGAUCAAAGAGCUAACUCUUGGAUAAAAUAGCUGUUUAAUGAAUAUUCUUUAGAGAAUAGGAUGAUACUCCUAACGACAAUUUUACAAACAAAAAUAAUAUUGAAUUCAUCAACUGACUGUUAAAAUGGUCGUUUCCAAUGAAUAUUGGAGUGAUUUCCAAAUGUAAAAGCUUAUUAAUAUCCAAUGCUUGUAGCAGUUUUAUUUAGUAAAAGUAUGUCAAAAUUGAUAAUGGAUGAUGCUUUUUAUUGAGGUUUAUAUAUUAUAUUUUGUUGCCACGAGUGGAUGAAGAAAUGUUCGGAAGGCUAAACUAGAGAAUACAAGAAACUUAGGCAAAUUAUUACACCACAUGGGUGUGAGAAAUAAUGAAAAGUAUCUACUAGGUAUCAGCAAACAGAUAUCCAAGCUGAUAAGUUUAGGACACUUCCACUGAAGAGACAUGAAGUGUACGCUCAACUGAAGUGUCAUUUUAAUCUUUUACCUUUUCAGUUAUCGGGCAAGUUAAAGAGCAUGAUGAAUGUUUGUAGUAUAUGGUGUAAAUCCUUCUGAUUUCUUGCAUGAAAGACAUGUGGGAUCAUGUACCACCUGCUUUGACAUUGAUUCUCAGGUGUAUGAGGUGAUCCUCUGAUUUUAGAUCACAUUUGUCCCCAUCACUCGGUAUAGCCACAUUGAUAUUGACACUGUUUUAUUUUAGUUUUAGACAUAUGACAAAUCACACCAUGUUUGAAAUUGUAAGGGUAUUUUUCAUGAAGCCUGUAUACUUUUCUUCAGUGUGUUUCUGUCUUGUUCCAGUCCCCAGACACAAAGUAGAUAACAUCAAAGCCUACACUAAUACAGGCAGGAGGAUACAGCUUGAUGCGAACACUUCAUGAAUGUAUGAAUAACAUUAUCAUAUGUACACAUGAGUGAUUAAGUAUCCCUUUUGCUUUUCAGUGUCUUCUCAGAGACAAGCAGCCUUGAAGGCAAUUAAACUCUCAUUUAUAUUUUG